AUGGUUUGUCUUUUAACUUUCAUGUCGUCAAUUCGCAAUCAACAGCACUUUUCUUCCUCUCUUGAAUCUUCGAAUUCACCUGCUAACAUCACGCCCAGUGCUUCGUAUGUACGAUCCGAUAACCACUACCACCACAAUCGUCUCCGUCGUCAAACUUCGAAUGUAGAUGUAUUUCCUAAUGAAUGCCAAGCUCCCACAGAUGCUUACAUAGACGCCAUGCUGGCAGAUUCUACAUCUGGACAUUCCAUCAACUUUGCCACAUUUUUGACAAUGAUGGCAAAUAAAUUGGCUGCCAUCGAUUCUGAAGGGGAGCUGCUUAAAGCAUUUUCUAAUCUAAAUGAUGAUGACGAGUUGAAUUCUGGGAUAAUCAAUGCAACGAAAUUACGACAAAUAUUGGCUACUCAGGGAGAACAACUCACAGAUGAAGAAGGUAUGGAUGAUUCGGAGAAUUUUGAUUAUGGGGAAUUUGUGAAAACGUUGAAACAUGGACAUAUGGAUAGAGAGUGA